CUGUGGGAUGACGUCCCAGUAGUCUGAGGCCAUCUCUGGAACGUAGCUCAACAACAUUGUCGUUUUUUUCACCAGGAACAUCAAGGUCAUCUCCAUUAAGCCUUAGAAUGUUCCCUAUCCAGUCCAUAACAUAGCUUAAACCCAAAUUCUCAAACAGCAUAUUGGCAACAGAGGCAAUGUUCGAAAGUACCGCAAACAGCACCAACCCAGCGGCUACGAAGACAGGUAAGAUGGAGUGGGACUGAAGGAGGAUUGAUAGAGGAUCUGGGCCGUAGUUCAUAGGAUUCUCGGCAUAAUGGGUCAAGCCGCUGACGUAAAGGACAUUUCCCACCCUCAUAUAUAUAUCGAUGUCCGUGCUGCUGGAGACAUCCCUGGGGGAUAUUGUUAUUGACCUUGAGGUUGAAGCAUGCCCGAGGACAUGCGAGAAUUUUCUCAAACUGUGCAAGGUCUAUUACUACAACCUAAACGCAUUUUUCAAUGUCUCAAAGGACUUCUUGGCUCAGACUGGCGACCCAACGGCAACUGGUACAGGGGGCGAAUCUUUUGAGUCAUAUCUAGCCUCGAAGGUGCCUGGAUCCACACCUCUUUCCUUGGCCCGCUAUUUCGUCCCUGAAAUCUUGCCACGGCUGAAACAUGCCCGCCGAGGAACCGUAUCUAUGGCUGUUGCACCAUCACUUGAUAGCAAGAGCAUUGGGGGAUGUGGCAGCCAGUUUUUCAUCACACUGGCGGACGAUGUUGACUACUUAGAUGGGAAACAUGCCGUCUUCGGUCGCGUCGUUGAAGGAUUUGACACGCUCGAGAAGCUUAAUGAAGUGUUUGUUGAUUCUCAGAAUCGCCCUCUUAAGGACAUUCGUAUCAGGCAUGUUAUCGUUCUAGACGACCCUUUCCCGGAUCCCCCUAACCUCGUCGUUCCGCCGGCCUCCCCAACUAUUGCUCCAGACAGGGAUCUGGAAAUGGUUCGUAUUGCCGAAGAUGAGGAUCCUCUCGAGGUGGUUCCCGAGGAGGAGGCUGAACAAAGACGACGCCAGAAUGCCGCCAAAGCCUCGGCUCUGACCCUGGAAAUGGUUGGGGACCUUCCCUUUGCAAACGUUCGACCACCUGAAAACGUUCUUUUCGUUUGCAAAUUAAACUCGGUCACUCGUGACGAAGAUCUUGAGCUCAUUUUUUCAAGAUUCGGAAAAAUUAUGAGCUGCCAAGUGAUCCGCGACAAAAAGACAGGUGAUUCGUUGCAAUACGCAUUCAUUGAGUUUGACAAACGUGAGGACGCUGAGCAAGCUUAUUUUAAAAUGCAAAACGUGCUCGUUGACGAUCGACGCAUCUGGGUAGAUUUCUCCCAAUCCGUCGCCAAAAUGAAUACAAGCUGGCACAGCGCAUCCAAGUCUUCCAGAAGGAUCACCGACACUCGAAGGCACGACUCUGGUGGCUUCGCAGGGAGGUCAGACUUACAAGCGACGUCCCGUUAUCGGGAAUCCGCUCCAGGCAGUAAGGACAGUGGUGGCUACGAAUAUAUAUUUGACACUUCUCCUAGUGGAAAGGGACCACUGCGUAGUUUCAGGCGGAGUUCGCGCUCAAGGUCACCUCGAAGGGAUGGCAGGGAUUACCAUGAGCGACGCGAACGGGAUCGUUCGCACGAGAGGGAAUUUCACCCGCACGAGAAGGAUAGGGGAAUACAUCGUCGAUGAACUUUAUGUAGAUAUAAGUAGGUUUGGCAGACCGAGCAAUCACUUAUGUAAAUCAAUUGGACUGUUCUGAUGAAUAUUGUACUUUUAUUUGCG